UAGAAUGACCUCUCGUUCUGGUCUCGUGCCAGUUUUCCUAGACUCAUCCGCACCGCAUCACAGGUGGCGCUUGCGUUGCCCCAGCAAUGUCCAACGAGUCGUAAUUAUGUAUUACCAGCAGCCUUAGGAGCAAAAUAUUAUAAAUAUUCCUAGCAAGGACGAUUCUUGAUUCCUAGUGAGUAUUAUAUUCUUUGCUUAGCAGUGUUAGCACAUGAUUGCCGCGAGAUACGAGGUCCAGUCCAAAAGUCUCCGAGAGUCUCUCUAUAUACUAAUAAUACUCUUUGGUCUCCGACCCGACAAAUAUGCCCGAUAAAAAAGCUAAGGCAGUAGGCACUCUUUGCCUCGACCGUUUUAAGUACUGGUAGGUUAACCUACCAAUCCCGUACAUUCUUGCAAGCCAUAAAACCGUGGACGUUAUUCUGACAUCUGACACAAAUAGCCAACAAACAAAACCGUAAACACAAAUUAUAGACUCCGCUCCGAUACAAACAUUUCGAAAACAAUAAAAAUUCUAGUGUUUUUAUUACCUUACCCUCGACACUUUUACACAAAGAAUAAAUAUGUCCAAAAGAAUUGAUAAUUAUGAUGAAUUGAGUGACCCUGACAACCCACAAACGAUAAAAUUUGAAGAUAUCCAAGCCGCUCUAGGACGAAUCCGACCUUACGUGCCUGUCACACCCAUUAUACCAUCACAUCAGAGCAAGGCGUUUACAAUGAAUAUUAUUUACAAGAUGGAAAGUGUCCUCCCAUCCGGAAGCCACAAAGAGCGCGGGGCCGUAAAUGCUCUUCUAAAAAUACCGAGGGACAAAAGGAAGGGUGGCUUAGUGAUUGCGUCUCUAGGGAACCAUGCAUACUCGAUGUCGUAUCACGCCGCGCGCCUGAAUAUUCCAGUCACGGCGCUCUUUCCCGACUCCGUUCCCAUUCAGAAGCUGCAGAAGAUCCACACGCUUGGCACUAAGGUGUUGGUGCGAGGGAGCCAAAUCGUAGAUACACACAAAUGUGCCCGAGCCAUGGCGAAGGAAAAGGGACUCCUCUUUAUGAACGGUCGUGACCACCCGGACAUCCUAGCCGGGCUCGGGACUGUCGGGCUGGAGAUCCUGGAGCAGGUACCCAACGCGGACGCGGUGCUGGUGCCCGUCGGCACCGGCGGGCUCAUCGGCGGCAUCGGCACCGUCAUCAAGAGGCUCAAGCCCAACUGCCUUGUUUAUGGUAUACAGUCUGAAGUAAUGCCCGUGUUCGCCAAAGCCCUGGAAGCAGGAGAGCCGGUGACUGUUCCAGAAGUGAACACUAUUGCUGACUGUCUGCAAGUCACCAGAGCUGGUGUCAACGCCUUUCAUAACGCCAAGUCUGUCAUUGACAAAAUGUUGCUUGUAAAGGAAGACUGGAUAGCACGUGCCAUACUAGCGCUUAUAGAGCAGGAACGCUUCGUUGUGGAGGGCGCCGGUGCCUGUCCACUCGCUGCAAUUAUUGGACACAUGGUUCCUGAGCUCAAGACGAAGACUGUCGUAUGCCUUGUUACCGGCGGAAACAUAGACACCAGAUUCCUAGCCCGAUGCAUAGAUAGAGGUCUAGCGGCAGAAGGCCGACUCAUCAAAUUCAGAGUGAUGAUUAGAGACAGUUCGGCUGAACUACACAAACUAGUGAGGAUGAUUUUCGAUAUGGGAUUUACUCUCCAACGCCAUUACCGCGACGCUGUGUGGGUCGAGGGUGACGUGUAUCACGCAGAGAUGCGAAUUGUUGUUGAGGGAAGGAAUAUGGAGCACUCCCUGGAGCUGAAGCGAACGUUGGACAGAGCAUAUCCCGGACUAACAACGUUCGACACAGAACCGUUUAACGAUAAAAGUAUGUGCCCGUGUUACGUUGCCAAGAUGUGAUCAAGGUAAGCAAACUCAUAAGAUACCUACCUAUUUGAAAUAAGGCCGUGGACUGGACGCAAGCCGUGCAGCGAGAAGCAUAACAAGCCCGUUCAUACAUUUGCUUGGUUUGAAUUACUGCAAAACGCGGUAGUAAAAGAUUUAACAAAUUGAACAA